AUGUCCACUGCCGCCGGCCAGAAACAUCUCCUCUACAUCAGUGAUCGCCCUUCGGGACGCCGAUUCCUGAUCGACACAGGGGCAGAAGUGAGUGUACUGCCCCCUUCCAGCAAAGAUGUUCGUUCAGGGAAAAGAAGUGGACCCUUGACUGCAGCCAACGGUAGCAUCAUUAAAACAUAUGGCACACGCAUGAUCCAUCUACACAUCAAAUCUCGCCGCCUCAAAUGGACGUUCACCAUCGCUGACGUCUCACAAGCAUUACUCGGGGCCGACUUCCUCCGUGCACACUCCUUGCUCAUCGAUACGAAAGGGCGCCGCCUUGUUGAGUCUAAGACGUUUGAAUCGAUACAGCUGUCCUGUGUCUUACUACCAGCUCCCCAACUCGGUUCUGUGACUGCCUCUGCCAACGCAUUCGCCAAGAUAUUAGCACAGUUCCCAGAUAUCGUCGAGCCACAGUUCAACUCCGCCAUGCCGAAGCAUGGUGUGAUGCACCACAUCUCUACAACAGGGCCACCCCUACAUGCGCGUGCACGCAGGCUUCCCCCUAACAAGCUCUCUCAAGUUAAAGAGGAAUUUCGCAAGAUGGAGGAAAUGGGUAUUGUGCGUCGUUCAGACAGUCCAUGGGCGUCCCCACUCCACAUGGUUCGGAAAUCAAAUGGAGACUGGAGGCCUUGCGGGGACUACCGUCGUCUCAACGAUGUCACAACAGCGAACCGGUAA